AUGAGCGCAUCAUUAUCGACGCCUCCAUCAGACAUCGCCUUCUGCCACCACCACCUCGACCACCUCGACGCCUCCCAACCGCACAUCUCCACCCCCACAAUGGCUGCACCCGACCCAAAGGAAGCGUGGCAGCGCAUCCAGAAUGAGCUCACCCGCCGCACCUCGCGUCUAGGCGGCUCCGGCGGCGGCGCUCCCAAGGGCACAGCAGGCGGCAUCGCAGGCCUCGUCCUGCUCGGCGGCGGUCUCUGGCUCGCCAACAACGCCCUCUUCAACGUCGAUGGAGGGCACCGCGCCAUCAAGUACACACGACUGGGCGGCGUGCAGAAGGAAAUCUACAACGAAGGCACCCACUUCAACAUGCCGUGGUUCGAGACGCCCAUCACCUACGACGUGCGCGCAAAGCCGAGGAAUGUGGCCUCGUUGACGGGCACAAAGGACCUGCAGAUGGUCAACAUCACCUGCAGAGUCCUCAGCAGGCCGCGGGUCGAGGCGCUGCCGCAGAUCUACCGCACCCUGGGCACAGACUACGACGAGCGCGUGCUGCCCUCCAUUGUCAACGAAGUCCUGAAGAGCGUCGUCGCCCAGUUCAACGCCUCGCAGCUCAUCACCCAGCGUGAGAACGUCUCAAGGCUGGUCCGCGACAACCUGGUCCGAAGAGCUGCAAGGUUCAACAUCAUGCUCGACGACGUCUCCCUCACACACCUCGCCUUCUCGCCCGAAUUCACCGCCGCCGUUGAAGCCAAGCAAGUCGCCCAACAAGAAGCACAGCGCGCCGCCUUCGUCGUCGACAAAGCGCGCCAGGAGAAGCAAGCCACAGUCGUGCGCGCCCAGGGAGAAGCCCGCUCCGCCGAGCUGAUCGGCGACGCCAUCAAGAAGAGCCGCACCUACGUCGACCUGCGCGAGUUUGAGAAUGCAAAGAACAUUGCCCAGAUCCUCGAGAAGAGCGCAAACAAGGUCUACCUCGACUCCAACGGCCUCGGCCUCAACGUCAGCCAGACAACGAGCGACAAGGAGAAGCGGGCUAAGCAGUAG